GCCUAUUUGUUGCCGAUGUCUACUUCACAGAUACUUCACAAAUUGGUGCUGUUGUGGCCCGCUUUGUUGACGCUGAACGUUGAGAUCGGAAUCGAAAUCGCUGCCUGGGCAUCUAGCUGGUUGUAGUAUCUCCCCUCUAGACAAUCUACCGUCCCUGGUCCCAUCGUCCACUGUCGUCCGAAUCGAGCCGGCUGCGUGGCCCGUUGCACUAUAAAAGUAACGCAAUGCACGCAAUGAAUUUACAGUUGCAAUUCUCAGUCAACGACGCCAAGACAAAUAUACGACAAAAAGACUCCAACAUGAAACUAUUGAUUCUGUGCACUUUGUUGGCUGCUGCGAACGCUGCUCCCGGCCUCCUCGACUACGGCUUGGGACACACGGCACCAGCCAUCAGCUAUGGACAUGCUGAGCCAGCCAUCAGCUAUGCUCAUGCUGCACCCGCCAUUAGCUAUGCCCAUGCUGCUCCAGCGGUCACUUAUGCGGCAGCUGCGCCGGUCAUUAAAUCCUAUGCGCCUGCCAUCAGCUAUGCUGCUCCCACAGUCGUCAAAUCCUACGCGCCUGCCAUCAGCUAUGCUGCUCCGGCUCCAGUGAUCAAAUCCUAUGCUCCAGCCAUCAGCUAUGCCGCUCCCACGGUGCUCAAGUCGUACGCUGCUCCAGUUGCUGUCGCUGCCCCUGUGGUCAAGGCUGUUGCUGCUCCGGCUACCAGCUACUCCCACUUCAGUUCGGUUGUUUCCCACGCUACGCCCAUCAUCAAGUCCUACGCUGCCGCCCCCAUUAUCAAGUCCUAUGCCGCUCCAGCCAUUAGCUACGCUGCUCCAGCUGUCGUCAAGUCAUAUGCCGCUCCAGCGAUCAGCUAUCAGCCAACUCUGCUGAAAUCCUAUGCUGCAGCACCUGCUCUGUCAUUGGGCGGAUACGAUGAUCACUAUGGCUACCACUAAGUUUCCUUUAAAACUGAGCUUGAGCUGAGAUUGAUCGCAAGUGAGAGAUAGGCGACAGGAAGUGAUAGAGAGUGAGAGCGAAAGCGAUGAGGAGAAAGUGAAAGAGAGAGCAUGAAGUUGACAGCGGCACGUUUUUAAAUUAUUCCCAAGUUUCGUAUAUUCUGUAUUUA